AGAACCUGCUUCAUUUUCAUCCUCUUCUUCAUCUGAAACUUUGUUCUCUCUAUUUAUCCAAUUAUCUCCAAAUCUUGUCGUCACCAAGAAACCUCAGCUCAUUCUUCCCAACUUCACAGGUACGCUUCACAUCUUAAGCAACCCACAACAUCAACACCAACUCAAUCUUCAACAUAUAUGGCUUCAAACCCAGGGAUUACACAGAAGAAAAUCUCCAUACAAAACAAAUAUAAUGAGAAGCUGGUGGGUAUACUGCAUGAAACUGGAUCUCCAGAUAUUGUGGUGUUGUGUCAUGGUUUCCUAUGCACAAAGAAUGACACGAUAAUGGUGAGCCUAGCUGCUGCGUUGGAGGCAGAAGGAAUAAGUGCAUUUCGCUUUGAUUUCGCUGGUAACGGGGAAAGUGAAGGGCAAUUCAUGGUUUGCUGUCAGAGACAGGUUGAGGAUUUGCGUUCUGUUGUCCAACACUUUGUUGGGCAAAACCGCAAAAUAGGUGUCAUUCUUGGACAUAGUAAAGGAGGGAGUGUUGUGCUCCUGUAUGCUUCAAUGUACCAUGAUGUUCAUACAGUGGUCAAUGUUUCUGGUCGGUUUGAUUUGCUUAGAAGCGUUAGAAAGGAAUUGGAUGAUGAUGAAUUCAUGGAAAGAAUCAAGAAGGAUGGAUUCAUAGAUGUCAGAAACGCAGAAGGAGAAGUUGUGUACCGUAUUUUUGAGUUAUGCGUAACGAAUCUGCUGCUAAAUCCUAACAUGCACGACGCAUGUUGUGAGAUCGACAAAGUGUGCAGGGUAUUGAGCAUUUAUGGAUCCAGUGAUGAGGUGAAUCCCAUUGAAGAUGCAUUAGAGUUUGAGAAGGCUAUACCAAACCACAAAUUGCAUAUAGUAGAAGGGGCUGACCACUUUUACACGUCGCAUCUGAGUGAAUUAGUUUCCAUUGCAAUCUCCUUCAUUCAUAAAAGAAUGAAUGAAGAUUUGCAGCACAACUAAAUUGCUAUCUCAAUUCAAGCUAGUUUCUACUCUCAAUACUGAUUUAAUUAAUAGCAGUUUACAAGCUCAGCUUUGCUCAACUCAUCAAGCUUAUUAUUGAUAUACAUACCUUCAUUCCCAUUUUGAAAUAUUUCAUUUUUUACAUAUGAUAUUGUAAACAUGGACAUUAUGUCUAUUGUGGCAAUUUCGUUUAUUUCAAAAUCGCAACUAAUGCA